UGUUCAUACUCUGAGCCUAUUGCUGUUAUUAUUCGAACUUGACUCCUCGAAUUUUCUACUUUGAACAGUACGAUUAUACAUACAAAUUCAUUCGAAUUUCUCGUCCAAGCUCUAACUUUAGCAAGAAACUCGCAUUAUAAGACAUCGUUCAAUUGUGUAUCCCUGGAGAUACCCUAAUGUAAGCUAAGGCCAGACAAAGGAAUAUCGUCGACAAGCGAAUACCUUCGGAGACAACUCCCAUGUCUGGCGGUGGCUUUCUAGAGCGCUUUACUUCGCAAUGCUCACAUAAUAAUAUCUACAAAAUCGCAGAUAUCGUGUCACACGAAUCUCAUGCGUGUGGCAUGAGGACGUCUGAAUUACGCACAAUUACACACGCUAUUUUUGUACUACUUUGUCGAUAAUUUUCUGGGAAACUAUUACAUUACUCGAUUCCUGGAUGUGAUAUUCUAUGAUAUAUGUUGUAAUACGAAGCAGCUUAUAAAAAGCGAAAACAAUGAAAGCAGCGACUUUCCUUAUAUCAAAAUCUACUAGUAAAUUUAGUAAUGUGUUCCAGUUCGUUUAUUCGUACGCAAUUUUUUUAAUUGGCUCAAUUAACGUAUAUAACGGAAAAUUAUUAAUUAAUUAAAUUUUAUCAAAUUCUUUAAUCUCAUUUUUGCUGAAAAGUCAAAUCUCUUUGAGAAAUAUUGCUAUGUUAUUAUAACGAAUACAUAUAUAUACAUUUUUAUAGUUUUUCAUCCUAGCUUCUAUACUGUAAUCUUAUCUUAGGAAUGUUACAUAUAUAAAAAUAUAAGCAGCUGUGUGCCCACACAGAUUUACGAUUUUUAUGCUAAUUUUUUCUUGAAAGGUUUAAUAUUCUUGAACUCCAUACGAACAAAUAUCCAACGUAAUACGAAAAAAUUAUUUUAACUUUAUAUAUUUUUAAUUGAUGAUUAUUUAUUUUCUAAUUGUUUUUCGUAGGCAAUUCGAAGCGAAUAGACAAGCGCUGAAAGAAAUAGCGAUCGUGAAGCUGGCUUUCGAUCUUCGAGAAUCAAACAUUUGCAACUGCAGUCAAAAUCAAUUUCUAGCAAUAUCCUGCUUUAGUUUCUCGAAAGUACCGCUCUGAACGACCGGCAUGAUUUUAUUAAUACCCGUGGACUAUGCCAGAAAGUGAAGAAAAAGCCUCGAGAGAGACGGCGCAGCUCGAGGGCCAAAAAUAAUCGGACCGGAGAUGAAUCUCGUAUCUGGCUUGUCCCAGUGGCAGACGCCAUCUGAUCGUCAGAUCUCUUCCGCGGAUAUCCGUGCCUAUUUUCUAAAAAGUGGAGAAGCAUUAUACGUUUGAUCAGAAACCAAUAUCCAUCGCGGAGGAAGGAAAAGAAGACCGGAAAGAGGGACGCGGUUUAGUUUUGUUCAUGCCGACGACGACAGGUCGAUGUCUCGUCUCUUAUUUCGCGCUGAUGUUCGCCGUAUGUCUGGCCAAAGACGCGCACAUUGUUGGCAGAUGGGCGGACAAGCUGGGUACCGAAUUAUGGGAACUCGCAAACGAAGUUGCUCGACCCCAGGAAUUAUUGGAAAAAUACAAGAGCAUGAAUACGCGAGUCGAGGACAAGUCCGGAGAAGAACUGGUCAGCAUAAUCAGCGAGAAUGUAGGUAGGAUGCUGCGCCGGAAGAUGGACGCAGUCACCUGCAUUCGAAUAGCGGCCGAAGCAGCGGUGGAGGAUUGGGACAAGUCUCUUGUGGAUGGCAAUUUCUCUUACGUUUCCGGCAAGUGCAGCCCUGUCAACGGUAACUGGACACAGGAUGAGCAAUGCAAGAGGAACGUGACCGUAUACAGAGAGAUGGAACUAACGGCGGACUCGCAUUUUUACAAUAUUCCGGUCAACACAAGCUACUCGUCGGUUCACAUACCAACUAACGUAUUCGAUCUUACGCAAGAUGUCAAGGAGGAUAUUGUGAGGACUGAGCUGUUGGACGAUACGUUUCGUCAGAAUUACGAAUCCGAUCCGGCAUUAUCAUGGCAAUACUUCGGUUCGAUCACCGGUAUGCUCAGACAAUAUCCCGCCAUGCAAUGGCGAACAGGUAUCGAGGAUUACGAUAACGAUGAUGACGAUGAGGACGAGAGACCUGCCGAUCUCUACGAUUGCAGGGUGCGCAGUUGGUUUAUCGAAGCAGCUACGUGCAGCAAGGACAUGGUGAUCUUAAUAGACAUCAGCGGCAGCAUGACCGGCAUGGGGAGGACGAUUGCGAAGGCAACCGUGAGCUCGAUCCUGGAUACACUGUCAAACAAUGACUUCGUCACGUUGCUAAAGUACGCCAAUGAGACCACCGAGCUGGUGCCGUGCUUCAAGGACAUGCUAAUCCAAGCCACUCCGGAGAAUCUCGACACGUUCAAGAAAUCCAUGGAAGACCCUGAUAAUCUCAAGACGGACGGCGUUGCCAAUCUCACGGAGGCCUUCACCAAGGUGUUCAGCCUGCUUAAGACUUAUCGGAAGUCGCGUGGUUGCGACGUCGACACGCCAUGCAAUCAGCUCAUCAUGCUCGUCACAGACGGCAUUGCUGGAAAUCUAACGGAGAUACUCCAGAAAUUGAAUCGGGAAGAAAACGGUACUCACAUACCGGUGCGGGUGUUCCCGUUUCUCUUGGGGAUGGAGGUGAUUAGCGUGAGCGAGACUGAAAGAAUAGCAUGCUUGAAUCGCGGUUCCUGCAAGCACGUGCACACGCAAGAGGAAGUGCGCGAGCAAGUGCUGAAGUACAUCCCGGUUGUAGCGCGUCCUCUGGUAUUUCAGGGCGUGGUGCAUCCCAUUGUGUGGACGCACGUUUACGCCGAUAUCACGAAUCCGGCACUUGCCGCUUGGCUGUGGCGGGUGAUGGAACACAAGGAUCAAAAGUCGCGCCUGCAAAAACACUUGAAGGGAAAACAGCUGGGCGUGCGAAUGAGCGAGGAUGCAAUCUACAUAAUGCAGCUUGGCAAGGACGAGAACAUUGAGGAGGAUCCGUCCAUCCUGAACACGACUGCCUGGCAGGAAUAUAGACUGCUGACUUCUGUGGGCACACCCGUGUUCGAUCAUAGGAGCAGCCGCGACAAUGAGACACGUAUGACGGAGGACAAGUUGCUCGGCGUGGCCGGCACGGACGUGUCGAUCGACGACAUCCGCAAGCUCACAUUGCCGUAUAAGCUCGGUGUGAAUGGCUACGCCUUCAUCGUGUCCAAUAACGGUUACGUGAUACUGCAUCCAGAUCUACGGCCGGUCUACAAAGGCCAGCUCAAAUUGAACUAUAAUAGUGUCGAUCUUACGGAGGUCGAGAUACUUGACGACGGACGCGAGCCAAGGAAUCCAGGUCCUGAUAUACUGGAGCUGAGAUCAGCGCUGGUCGAUCAUAAGCGUGGUAGCAUGAAAGGGAUCCCCGUGAAGUUACAUUACGAUGAUAAUCGUCGUGUUACCCUCGAGAGACGCGAUUACUUUUACGCGCCCUUACCCGGCACGCCGUUCAGCCUCGCGGUUGCCUUACCAAAUUACGGAACUACUUGGAUCAAGGUCGGCGAUGAGAUCCGCCGGAAUCAAAAUAUGAAUAUCAAUGUGUCGGACUAUUUUACGGGCGAUCACUGGCGCGUGCAUCCAAGCUGGGUAUAUUGUCGCUACCAUUACCUGGAGAACCACCAAUUUAAUUCUCCGGAAGACGAGCUACGCCACUUCCUGGCGUUGAUGAGUCGACCCGGUUGGCGCUGGUCCGAGCAAUACGAAGCUUAUCCGUCCGCGGACGAGGACGUCGAUCAGGAGCCCAAUUGCGGCAGGCAGACGCUCAAGUACGAUGAUUACUAUUGCAACAAAGAACUCAUGCAGUUGCUUGUAUUCGAUGCCAAGGCGACGAACGACAGCUUUCGUUACGAUUACAUGGAGAACUUGCCGCCCAGUGCACAGAAUCUAACGCAGUUUUACGGCAUCUUUAUAAGAUUCAUUGCGACGCAAAGCGGUCUGACCAGGUGGCAUCAUCUCAAUGUCAGUAACCUGGCGGAUGCGGAUGACGGCAUUGUCUUCGGCGAUCUUCACAGGCGAGCGGUGAACGAACCCUGGUACAAGGGCGCGAUCUUUCAAAGCGAGUUGGAUCCGAACAGUAUUUCUUUAUCCGUACCCCGAGAAGUGAACGCGGAUGCGGUGGUGACGGCAUCGAUGAGCCUUUCGCCUAAGGAUGGUGGCAAGAAAGCGCCAGCGGCUGUAGUGGGCUUUCAGAUGCCGAUAACGGGUCUGUACAACCGAUUCAUCGAGCUUACUUCGGUGACGACGAACCCCGACAUGAAUUGCAUUAAUGAUUGGAUCGAUUGCUAUCUGUUGGACCAGAACGGUUACGUGGUUAUUUCGCAGGAGUACAACAUCACCGGACAAUUUAUGGGCACCGAGGAGGGCGCCAUUAUGAAUUCCAUGGUCGGCCAGGGCCUUUAUAACUCGUACGACAUCUAUGACUAUCAAGCUUGGUGCCAUGUGGUUCAAACCGACAAUUCUGCCAACAGCAUAAUGGAACCGUUGCGAUACAUGAGUAGGCUGUUAGUCUGGUUUUUGCUGCGAUUGAUGUGGCUGGCGACUCAAUUCGUAAACUUGCCCGGUAUCCACGGCAAGGUCCACUCCGACGAGGACGCGCCUGACCCGCCACCACCACCGGAACCAUAUCUCUAUUACUACCCCUGCGAUCAGAAACGAACGCUCUAUAUGCUGAACGAGACCGUCGCCACCAAAGGCAUCACCAAUCACUCCGAUUACUGCUCAAGGCCGUUCUACGCUCAGAAAGUGACGCAUACGAAUCUCCUGUUGGUAGUGGUGAACAGCAUGUAUUCAACGUGCUACGAAAGACUGGAAGUAACCCCUGUCAACAUCUCACCCUUAGAGUACACAAAUAGCACGGCCGACAAACCUUGUCACAAAAUUCCGCUGAACGCUUUGAAGAGGCGCAGGUUGAAAAAUUGCUUUACGGAACAUCCUCUGGAACUUGAAAUCGAUUGCGGAGGAGCCUCUGAAUUGACAAUGUCCCUGUUGUUGUUAUGGAUUACCAUUGUUAAGAUUCUGUAUGCUUUUGUAUGACGAUAAAACUCAGUCUUAUACAUAUACUUACAUAU